AAAAUAAAUUCACUCGUGCAGCAGCUCUCAUCGCGGCUGGUAGCGUGUAUUUUUUUUGGUUCUGAUUAUCAAGUUCAAGUGUUCUUUUCACUGGAAAUCUAAGAAUAGAGCAGAGAUGGUGGAUAAGAGCUUACUCGAAAUACUUCUAAUAGACUAUCGUUGGAUAGUUGUGUUGUUUUUCCUACUGCCGGCUUCAUUUUUGUAUAAUUUAUUCUACAGUGUUAGAAGUAAAAUCAUAUUCAAACUUAAUUCAGCACCUAAAAAUCAUGACAUUAAGGUAGCGGACAUUCAGCAGCAGGUGAAAAAAUGGAGGGAAUCAGGAACUAAUGCCAAGAUGUGCACUGGUCGACCGGGAUGGCAAACUAUGAGCUUUCGGAAACCUAUGUACAAGAAGUCCUCUUACCAAAUCAACUGUAAUCUCGUUGACGUAUUGGAUGUAGACAUAAAUCGAAAAAUUGUCCGCGUUGAGCCUCUUGUGAGCAUGGGGCAAUUGUCGGAAACAUUGGCUGCUCUCGGAUGGACAACCCCUAUUGUUCCAGAGUUGGAUGAUUUGACCGUAGGAGGUUUGGUGAUGGGAACUGGUGUCGAGUCUAGUUCGCAUAUCUAUGGACUUUUUCAACACAUUUGUGUAUCUUAUGAGCUCGUAUUGGCGGAUGGAAGUAUCGUACAGUGUUCCGAAAAGGAAAACAGCGACUUAUUUUAUGCUGUUCCGUGGUCGUAUGGAACCCUUGGUUUUCUGACUUCUGUCGAAAUCAAAAUAAUACCUGCCACGAAAUACAUACGACUACACUAUGAGCCCGUUGUUGGCUUGCAAAAUAUUAUUGAUAAGUUCGAAAAAGCUUCACGCGACACAAAAAAGAAUCAAUAUGUUGAAGGAUUGCUCUAUACAUUGAACGAAGCUGUGAUCAUGACGGGAGAGAUGGUGAAAGAUAGCGAAGUUGAGCAGAACAAGCUUAACGACAUCGGGAAAUGGUACAAACCAUGGUUUUUUGUUCACGUGCAGGAUAUUCUAAAACGUGGCAAAACAACCUACGAAUACGUACCGUUGCGAGAGUACUAUCACCGGCACUCGAGAGCACUGUUCUGGGAAAUACAGGACAUCGUUCCAUUCGGAAACAACAUAUUAUUCCGAUACCUAUUAGGUUGGCUACUACCGGUUAAAGUAUCGCUGUUGAAACUCACUCAAACCGAAACGGUGAAAAAACUGUACGAAAACAAUCACAUUAUCCAGGAUUUGCUAGUGCCUACGAGCACCAUGAAAAAAUGCUGUGAAGAAUUUGAUCGCCUUGUAAAUGUUUAUCCUGUCUGGUUAUGUCCAUUCUUAUUACCGAACAACCCAGGUAUGCUGAAACCAUCCGCUGGAAUGCAAAGUGACCUCUAUGUCGACAUCGGUGUGUACGGUGUACCAAAAAACCGACGCUUUCACCCAACCGAAACUACCCGCGCUAUCGAGGAUUUGGUUGAAAAAAGUAAGGGCUUUCAAAUGUUGUAUGCUGACACCUACCGUACUGAAGAAGAAUUUCGGCGUAUGUUCGAUCACGGUCUGUACGAUAAAAUGCGUAAAAAAUACCAAUGCGAAGCGGCUUUCCCGGAAGUGUAUGGUAAAGUGAACAAGAAUGUUCGAGAUUAAUGGCAUAGAUCAUAGACAUAUUUGCAUUUUAAUUAUAUAGCAUCUAUUUCAAAAUUUCUUUCAAUAUCUUCAGCGCACGUGAUUUGCUUAGUCUUAACAUUAUGAGCUAUUUAUUUCUAUUUUUUUUUGCAAAUUCUAACAGACAUAAUUGAUAUAAAUUUAUUCAGAAAACAUUGUUUAGAAGUACUAAUGUUACAACUAAAUGAAAUGAAUUACUUCUGCAUCUUGAACUGAGUUUCGACGUCGUUGGAUGAAGCUUCCCUAUUGUAAAUCAGAAUAACUAUGAAAUAACUAAAUGUGGUAGUUGAACUGUCAAAUAAUGUGUGAAUAGUUGUUAAUUCCCAUUUUUGUUUUUUCUUGCAAAUGCAGUUCAUUUCAUAAUUAACCGUGAUUGAAACCAUAACGAACAAAAGUCGGAGAAAGAAGUACGAAAAAUGUAUUUUUCUGUCUAUACAAACAGAAUUUUUUAAGUAGUAAAAAAUAAAUGCUUCAAAUGAUUCGACUUUUA